AUGAAUUUUGAUUUACCAGCUGAAUUAAAGUCUCACCUUGAACUCAUAGAUUCUUUUAUCAAUUCCACAAUUCUUCCCCUCCAGCAUUCUAAUGACAACAACCGGUUCUUCGACCAUAGACGAGAGCAUUCUCGAACAGACUGGGACAAUAAAGGCAAUCCGCGCCCAGAAUGGGAGGCGCUGCUGAGUCAAGCCCGUAAUCUGAGCGAUGAGGCAGGCCUUUAUCGUUUCGCACUCCCCAAAGAAUAUGGGGGCGAAGAGCAUCCCAAUACGAAUGUUUGGAUGUCAGCAAUUCGAUACCACCUAGCCUCACAUCCGGCAUAUGGAGGCGGGCUCGGAUUGGCAAAUGACUUGCAAAAUGAGCAUAGCAUCGUGGGAAAUUUCCCUGAUAUCUAUAUGAUCCACCAUUUUGGCAGCGAAGAGCAGCGCCGCACUUUGAUUCCAGCUCGCUUGCGCGGCGAGUUUCGAACAACCUUUGGUCUGACAGAGCCGGACCACGGGAGUGACGCUACCUUCAUGUCGACUAUAGCUCAUCGCGACCGUGGCGGCUUCGAGAUUACCGGAAUGAAGAAGUGGCAAACCGGUGCGCAUAAUUGUACUCAUCUCAUUAUCUUUGCACGUACGUCUGGCUCACCCGGAUCUGCCAAGGGUAUUACUGCCUUUUUGGUUCCACGGGAUACACAUGGGGUUCGGAUCCUAAGUUAUGAAUGGACAAUGAAUAUGCCGACGGAUCAUGCAACGGUUGAGCUGGAUCGUGUCUGGGUGCCAGAGACUGCCAUGUUAGGAUCCUUGGACAAUGGUUUGGCCAUUGCGCAAACGUUUGUGCAUGAAAAUCGUGUCCGACAGGCGGCUAGUGCCUGUGGUGCUGCGCGAUUUUGUCUAGAAAGAAGCAUCAUACGCGCUCGCGAACGCAAGAUAUGGGGAGAAGGUAAAACGCUGGCGGAUAACCAAGCAAUUCAAUUCCCGGUGGUGGAGCUCAUGACUCAGGUAGAAAUGUUGCGACUGUUCAUACUCAAGACAAGCUGGGAAAUGGAUCGUCUUGUUGCGUCAAGUCGGGUAUCAGGAAACAAAGUGCCACCAUGGGUUGAAAUCGAGCGCAACCUGAGUGACCAGGUGUCGAUGUGUAAUUUCUGGGCGAAUAGGUUAUGCUGUCAGGCUUCUGAUAAAGCGAUUCAGAUUCACGGUGGGGAUGGGUACUCACGCCAUUACCCUUUUGAGCACAUUUAUCGACAUUUCAGACGGUACCGGAUCACCGAGGGGGCAGAAGAGAUCCAGAUGCGCAAGAUAGCUGCAUACAUUUUCGGAUUUAUAGGACCAAAGAAAAAGCAGCUGGACAACGAGGAGAAGUUGAAGGCUAAAAUUUGA